GGUGAUGGUCCAGUGCCACCAAGUAGUCCAGAACUUACCGGUAGUGAACAUGAGCUGCCAAUAAAUGUAGGACCAGGAGGACAUCGACAUCAUCAAGUAGAUCCUCAUCAACAGCAUAUGGACAACUACAUGAAUAUAAGAGAGGGAAAAGGACUAGCGGGAUCGUCGCAAGUAGAUCUCAUGAAGCGUGUAGUUGUGGGAGGAGGUGCUGCUGGGCAAGGAGUGCUAUUAAGGGUUUCGACGUUGCAUUCUUCACUACCAUCCUUCUCUCGUUUUCCAUUAGCAAAAGGGUCAAGGAUGAUCUGAGGAAUGUAAUACUGUAACCGCUAAUGCUAGGAGCUGUCGUACCUCCUGGCUGUAGUGCUACUGCGUCGACCUUACCGCCUUCAUCGUCUCUCGCUCAGCGAAGUAGUGCCAAUAUUACCGAUGCCGGAAGUGCGUUUCACGAAUAUGAUUUGACAUGUUCGAGCCGG